AGAGGCCAAGAGGCUGUACUUAGAUUUCCCCCUUCCACCUCCCUCCCCUCUCGAUAAUUUUAUGGAUGUUGGUGCCCUGCACUGGGUCUUCCAUUCCUCCUCUCUCACUGCCAUCUUUCACUUCUCCCCCUCCUCCUUUCCUUUCUCCCAUAACCAGCAUCCCAUCCCCCACUUCCACCAUUCCCAGUACCCAUCCAUCUAAACCCUGACAAGAACUAUAAGAACAUCAACCCACCAAAUUUGAAGAAACAAGAAAGCAAAGAACGAAAAAAAAGGCAAUAGACCAAAUCGAGAAGUAGAAAGAAAAGGAGGCACAAAGCCCACCAAUUGUUUCAUUUUAAUGGAUCCCAUGCUUUCAUCCCCAGUCCACUUUCUCUCCCUCUCAUUCUUCCUCAUAUUUUUCCAUUCAAGCGAGAUGCUGGUGGAGUGCACCGCAUUCACAUUCGUGAACAAGUGCGGCUACACGGUGUGGCCGGGGAUCCUGUCGGGCUCCGGCAGCCCGGAGCUGGAGACGACCGGCUUCGAGCUGGCGACCGGCGAUUCCCGGUCGUUGCAGGCCCCGACCGGGUGGUCCGGCCGCUUCUGGGGCCGGACGGAGUGCAGCUUCGACGGCGCCGGCAAGGGGUCCUGCGCCACCGGCGACUGCGGGACCGGCGGGGUGGAGUGCAAGGGGAGCGGGGCGGCGCCGCCGGCGACGCUGGCGGAGUUCACCCUGGCGGGGCCGGCGUCGGCCAAGGACUUCUACGACGUGAGCCUGGUGGACGGGUACAACCUGCCGAUGGUGGUGGAUGUCCGAGGCGGCACCGGGGGGUGCGCGUCGACGGGAUGCGUGGUGGAUCUGAGCCGGCGGUGCCCAGCGGAGCUGAGGGUCGGGGAGGCGUGCCGCAGUGCGUGCGAGGCAUUCGGGAAGCCGGAGUUCUGCUGCAGCGGGGCGUACGCGAGCCCGGGGACCUGCCGGCCCUCGGUUUACUCCCAGAUGUUCAAGUCGGCGUGCCCCAAGUCCUACAGCUACGCCUUCGACGACGCCACCAGCACCUUCACCUGCUCCGGCGCCGACUAUACCGUCACCUUCUGCCCGGAUUCGGCACCCAGCCAAAACAGUCAGAAAUCCGCUAGAGAUUAUCCAACUCCGAGAACUGGAGGGGUGGUUUUGGAAGACGACUCUUGGCUUGCAAGUCUGGCCGCCGGGGCUGCUCCUAACACCAAAACGAGGGUUUCUUUCCUCCACCAAUCCUUGCUGAUCCUCUCCACCACGGCUUUCAUCCUAUUGUUGCUAUAGCAUUAAAAAUUCUUCCAGUCCUUUUCUUUUUGUACACUGCUUUCUCUCCCACUUCAGAGGACUGGUUAUAAAAAAAAAAAAGACACAGAAAGGAAUAGGUGGUCGCCUUCCAAGUUCCAAAGAGAAAAAGCCUUGUGGCGACCCAAGGCUGUUCUCAUCCUUCUCAAGGAAUGGAAGUUUGACUGAAGCCAAGUGAUGUAACCCAAUGGUUUUGUAUUGUAUUUUAUAGAUUUCAUUUGAAUGCUCGUUAAUUCAUAUGGUUGUUUUGAUGAUCACGGGGGGUGUUUGGGAUCUAGGAAUUAUGUGGGAUGGCUUUUUACUCUUUAAUUCCUUUUUUUUCUCUAAAGAGCGGAGGAAAAGAAUAGUUUUAUUAACUUCAGUGACUAGGAUGAUGAUGGUGGUGAGCUGGACCUCUCGUUACUUUGCUUCAGUGGGACGCUUUGGUGGCUGGAUGCAAUGAUCUCCCUUAUAGACUUCUGUAGCAGCUAAACUGCACUUUUCUUCCCCCCUAACUUUAUUUUUGCUUGCAAAAGGCCCGGAGCUAUGUAUAUGUUUUCCUUAUAGCGUCAAUUAUCUUUUUGAGCUACUAAUUGCAAAUCAAUUAGCAGAUUUAGUGAAAA